AUGUCCAGUCCCCCCAAGUACGUCCUGGAUAUUGCCACGGGAACGGGCAUCUGGGCGAGAGAGUUUGCCGAGCAGAACCCUUCAUCGUACGUGAUUGGCAGCGACCUGAGCGCCAUCCAGCCCGAGACGGCGCUGCCCAACCUUGCCUUUAUCAAGGACGACGCCGAGGAUACUUGGUUAUUUCCCCUGCCCGCGUCCCCUCAUGGUGCGGGCGCUGCGGCAGAUCCAUUUUCCGCGGCGCCCAUGAUCUCGUUUGACUAUGUGCACCUCCGUCUGGUGUUUUCUUGUUUCAAUGAUCCGCGCAUCGUCAUCCAGAGGGCCUUUGACAAUCUCGCACCGGGUGGGUGGCUAGAGUUUCAAGAGCUGAUGCCCACGUUCCAUCAAGCCAACCCGGCAUUCAAAGGGGACGCUCUGAAGCGAUGGGCGGACGGCUGUGGUCGCGGUGCUCUUGCCGCGGGCCGCAACCUGUACGUGGCGGACAAGUACAAAGGUUGGAUAGAAGAGGCAGGAUUUAUCGACGUUGAGGAAAAGCGCUUCGUGCUUCCUGCCCACCAGUGGAUGCAAGACCCCAGGAUGAACAAAAUCGGCCAGUUCAACCAAAGAAAUAUGCUGGAAGGGGUUCGCGGCGCUGGGUGGAUGAUGCUCAAGGCAGCGGGUAUGACUCCAGAGGAUAUUGAAGACUUGAUUUCGCAGGUCCACUCGGAAUUAAUGAUGAGAGACAAUCACGCCUACGGCCAUGUUUAUGUCGUGUAUGGCAGGAAGCCAUUCGAUGAAUAG